AUGACGACGACACCAGCUGCGUUUCCGAACGAGCUCCUCUUGAAGAUUUUUGCUGACCUGCCGCCCUCGGAUGUGCAUAGCGUUGCGCUCUGCUCCCAAUUACUCCGCGCGUUGGCCUGCGAGUUUGUGUUCGCUACUUUUCACUUCACGCCGUACGCCUUCGACAGCGAGACGCGCGUCCUGCGAGGCCCCACAGGAUACCAAAAAGAAGACCUUCUGGAUAAGCUUGCGUUCUUCGCGUCGGAGAGCAUAGCCCCACAUGUCACCUCUAUUGUGCUCAACCGACUGCAGCGCAAGCCGGGCCUCGCGGACCCACCUUACAAGCGCAGUCCAUUCGAGUCACCGUUCGCUGGUGACGAGGCGACACACGCCCUCCUCCUGCCCUUCUUCGCUACCCUCGACGCAUUCCGCAAGGUGCACACCCUCCGCGUGGAACGGGUCACGUUCACCGCGCUGGCGGUCGAGGCGCUCGCCCAGCUACGCGGUCUCCACACAUUCACCGCCAUCACGUCGAGCUGCACCGCUGGCUUGCGCUGUUCACCCCCCACGUUGUUGGUUGGCGUCAAGCUGACUGGCACGCGGUUCACGGACAUCACUCUCACUGCGCUGCCUGUCUUCCCGCACGUAACGACUCUUGCCUUGCCACUCGACUGCCGGCCGCGGCAGUCGGUCCUUCCCCAGCUGAACACCGCUUUCCCCGCGGUGGAGUCACUCGUUGUGGACGGCUACGGCGGGUCAGGGUGGCCUGCACCGGCUGCAGACCCGGCAAUGCUCCCCCGGCUGUCAAAGCUCGACAUACAUGACGCUGGUGCUGCCCCGUUCCUUGCGGCAGCAGCCGGCCCGGUCACACAGCUCACGGUGCGCUGGUCCCAAGCCCUAGCACUGCGCAAUUCGCUCGCCGCGGUCCCACCCGCGCAGCUAGCCACUGUCACAAGCCUGGAGCUGCAACUCGAAAACUGCAAACGCCCGACGUUCGCCGCGCUGUGCGGGUGCUUCCCUGCAUUGGAGGACUUCAAGGCUGCUUUGCAUGUAUCGCAUAAAGACCAUACCCACGCAGACACAGAGGCGAUUCUCGCUCUCGUUGCUGCCAUUCCUGAUUUCCUUCCGCGCGGCCUGCGCCGGCUCCGCCUUUAUUACAUGGACUCAGAGGCUGACGAGCCUGCUGAGAACUUUGUCGUUCCGGACCCGCGGACCCUAUUUACACAGCUCCGCACGCGCUGUGCUGCGUUGAGCGCUGUCGAGCUCAUGGUGCCAUUCUUGGCGCUGGAGUGGGAUGGGGUGGUGGAGCCCAACGGACUGAGCCAGCAUGCGUAG